UGCUGUGUACGGAUGUCAGGUGCGCCCCACUUACCCCGACGCUCCGUCGUCGUACCCCGGUAGUCGUGCCGCGGAACUCCGCUCCGGAGUUCAGGACUUAACACCAGCUCAAGCUCGUAGGACUCGCAAUUCGACUAUUUUUCGACCUACCAAUUCCGAAAUCGACCCCACAGCGGACCCUUCUCCGAGAAGACGCCGCACUUUCGACACUAGCGCCUUCGCACCUGGUGAUCUAUUCACUCCAGACGCCAGGCGUGACUUGUUCGCUCCCGUUGGUCGUGCAGACUCUUACAACCCCCUCGCGAAUCCCUUGCCCGGCAUAACCCGUCGUAAUGCUCAACCGCAGCCCGGAAACCAAUCCCGACCGAUUAGCAUCGCCUCAACACCCAGAACCCCACAGCGCAGACCUCAAUCUCCAGGAGGCGGCGAUGACAAUCAGCGGCCUCCAACUCCCCCGGAGGACGAGGAAGAUCUCCGUCUCCUCCGAUUGGUCCGAGCCCUUGGAACUUCCCUCGGCGACAUCCUCGGACCCGCUCUCACUCGACUAAUCGAAAAUCAAGACCAUCGUGAACCAGUUAAUAGGACAAACGAGAGUUCUACCAAAAUUAAGGAUCCAACACCUUUCGACGGAACCAAUGCAGCUAAGAUCAGGAUUUUCGUCGAUGAGUGCCAGGUCGCCUUCCGCGCUCGUCCGCGGACUUACGCGGAUGACCGGGCCAAAAUCAACUUCGCACUUCAGUAUCUAUCCGGUGCAGCCCUAGCACUCUUCUCGCCAUAUCUCAAACUUCAGGAAGCCGAGCUUCCUUUAGCUCUCGUUAACUGGGACGACUUCGUUCAAGCCCUCAAGAAUAACUUCGGAUACGCCAACGCCGAACUCCAGGCGCAGUCCAAGCUCACCUCUCUCAAGAUGGAAGAGAAGCACAAGGCUUCGCGCUAUAUUAUCGACUUCACCCGUCUUGCGGAAGACACGGGAUGGGGAGGAAAUCCGGCGCGAAUCCAAGGGCAAGACUUCCAAUUCGAACGCCAACUCGAACAACGACAAUUCCAACAACUCUUCUUCAAACAAUUCCGGAGGAAAGAAGAAGAAGAAAGGCAACAACAACAACUCGAAUUCAAAUUCCACCUCGAACACGUCGAAUUCAGCCAACGCCGCAACUCCGGUGGUAACUCCGGCAAGGCCAAAAACAAGCCCGAUAUCUCCAAGCACCUCCAAGAGAACGGCAAGCUCAAGGCCGACGAACGACAGAGACGUAUUGCCAACAACCUCUGUCUCUUCUGUGGCGGCAAGGACCACAAACGGGCCGAUUGCCCCGUCCUCAAGGCCAAGGAGGCUAAAGCCCGCGCGGCCGCAGUCUCCGCUUCGGGCUCCGGUACUCCGACAUCGAGCCCCGAGGCAAAAAACUAUGCUGUGGCUGGUACUCAGCCUAGCGUCCCUCCGGCGCCGACGGCUACCCCGCGCACUCCACCGAUUGCUCCAUCUCCGGACCUUCGGCCGACUUCCAGUCACCCCGACCAGACCUCGCUUCGAGCUGCUGCUGCUAGAAUUGAUGUUCGCUUCAUCGGCGGCGCAGCAUUCUCUCUCGUAUCACGGCAAUCCGUGUUCACUUCUGCCCUCCACUUCCGGGACUCCGCGGCUUUGGCGGAAGCUCGUCUCCGCGCUGCUUCCACAGCCGACGAUCAAGAAGAGUAUGACCAUCUUCGGAAGGUCAUCCCGGUGGGAUACCAUGACUUCCUUGAUGUCUUUAGCAAGAAGAAGUCCGAUGUACUCCCCGAACACACUCGUUUUGACCACAAAAUCGAGUUGGAGGAUGGAACAACCCCGCCUUUCGGACCUAUCUAUUCUCUUUCGGAGGUAGAACAGGUCGCUCUUAAGGAACUAUCGUGGCCUCAACAAAAUCACCAAGAAGGACCGAUACCCUCUUCCUCUAAUACCCAAUCUCAUCGACCGCCUCCGGACGGCCCGGAUGUUCACGAAAAUGGAUCUCCGCGGCGCCUACAAUCUCAUCCGGAUCGCGGAAGGAGAGGAAUGGAAGACCGCCUUCCGGACUCUACCGCUCACCCGGCUCACCCGGAAGCACACGGACCAGGCAAGCAGCUGAUCGUGGAAACCGACGCCUCGGACUACGCAAUCGCCGGUAUUAUUUCCAUUGUCACCUCCGAUCCCGGAUCUCCGGAUCACCCGGACAUUCAUCCUAUCGCUUUUCACUCCCGAACCCUUUCCGCAACCGAACGUAACUACGAUACCCACGACAAGGAGCUACUCGCAAUCUUUGAAUGCUUCACCAUAUGGCGACAUUACUUAGAAGGCGCAGAACUCCCCAUCGACGUAGUUACUGACCAUAAUAACCUCACCUAUUUUUCAACGACAAAGAUGCUCACCCGGCGUCAAGCCCGGUGGUCCGAGUACCUUUGUACCUUCAAUCUCCUGAUCCGCUUCCGUCCCGGCCGCUUAGGUGGCAAACCCGAUGCGCUUACACGCCGUUCCGACGUGUAUCCAAAAAGGGGGGAUAGUGGCUACGCCAGCGUGAACCCGCAAAACUUUCGACCAAUCUUUGGCUCCGAGCAACUCCAAGCCUCACUCCGAGCCACCGCACUUUACCCCGCCGCGCUCCGCGCCGUCACUCUCAUGGACUUUGAGUCCCUCCGCUCCGAUAUCAUCUCCGGUCUCAAAACCGAUUCCUUCGCCCAAUCCAUUCUAUCUCAAUUGCCUUCCAAUCCACAUCCCAAAUGGUCAUUAUCUGAAAGUGGUCUUCUGUAUCACUUAGGUCGUGUCUAUGUCCCGGACUCCGGUGACCUCCGCCUCCGCGUCCUCAGCACCUAUCAUGAUCACCCGAUCUCCGGACACUACGGACAAAACAAGACAUACUCUCUCAUCAAACGCGAAUACUACUGGCCAGAACUCCGAACGGACACCAACUCUUAUAUUCGUUCAUGUGUCUCUUGCAAACGCAACAAACCGCAAAGACACAAGCCAUACGGUCUCCUCCGGCCACUUCCGGUCCUGGAACGCCCGUGGCACUCGAUCUCAAUGGACUUCAUCGAAGAGUUGCCCGCCUCCGGAGAAUUCAACUCCAUCCUGGUCGUAGUCGACCGCCUCUCCAAACAAUCCAUAUUCAUCCCUACCACUACUCGAGCGGACUCUCAGGAGCUCGCUAGACUUUUCGUCAAACACGUAUUCUCUAAACACGGAGUUCCGUCGCAC